CAUUAUGUGUGCACGCGCCUUGCUCAGAACCAAUUAAUUUUUUUUUACUCAGUGCUUUAUUUUUUUGGGUUCUAUGCGUUUGUGUUGGAUAAGUCGCAUAAAAAACGACUAAAAUCAUAUGGAUUCCUUCAUCACCAUGUUCAGCAGAGUACGCGUAUAUUCGUGGCAACUACAUGAAACUAAGAGCUGUGUCGGUGGUUUUGUUUCAGUCAAGAUCCCAAGGUCACCGAGCACCCAAUUCACAGAGCCAGAACUCCUCGCAGAUAUAGAAACAUGUCCUACACUCGCGAAGAAGAUGCAAACCAGAUGACAACUGCUUCCUUAGAAACCUCGACAGAGCAGACACCAGAUGACCCGACUUUAGAGUCGACGCUUCCAACAGCCAAGGAGACAGCAGGGCACACAAGCACGAAUUAUAUUUCCGAGGACGCAACCACUAGUAAUACAAGUAGCGCAGUUCAAGUUACGACGAGCGCUGCAAUGACAAAUUUGAGCAUGGAGGCCGCCGACCAAACAACGUCAUACACGGGAACUACUACGGAAGAGACAUUCAGCUUUGAUGUUGACAGCAGUCCGUCAUACAACGUCGUCUGCUACUUCAACCACACAAGUUACAAGCGAGACGAACCUAUGUCGUUUCGUACAGGGCACAUUCCCGUACCUUAUUGCAGCCACAUAAUCUACGCCUCGGUCGGAGUCAGCGAAGAUUUCAAGCUCGUAGCGAAAGAUCCCGUAUUUGACGUCGAGCGAGGUGGCUUUACUAAGUUUGCGAGGCAGAAGAGCCGCUACCGACACGUGACCGUGAUGGUGGCGAUCGGCGAAGACACUGGCGACUCGAAUGCCUUUCGCCACAUGUCGAAGCACAAGCCGGACGUCGUUACGUUUGCGCGGCACGUCGCGUCAUGGCUCCGCCAGCUUGACUAUGACGGCGUCGUCCUCCAGUGGAAGAUGCCCGUGGAGCGCCAAGACGAGACGAGCAGCAGUGCGUCGUGGUUCAGGAAGAAGCUGCUUGUCGUCGCUGCAGCCCUUCGUGACUCCUUGGGCGCCAAGGCGGAGCUGUUCGUCGCCGUUCCCAACAACGAAGAGCUUCGCCAGGCGUACUUCAACGUCGCCGAACUGGCCCGUCAUGUCGACCGGUUCCUCGCCGUCAGCAACUGGGUCUUGCGCGACGUAGACGGCACAAAAUACCGAAGUGACGCCGACAGAAUAGCGAAGGUGACGUCAUUUCCCGACCCGCUCACUGACGUCCUGCAGGCGCGCCACUCUCUGGUCGGAGCGGGCAACGUGCAGUUGUUCCGCAAGUUCUGCUUCGUCCUUUCGGUCGGCGCCAGGAGCUACACGCUGCUCAGGUCGGGCAACCACGUCAUCCACGCUGCCGCGUCGGGGCCCGGGAAACCCGGACCGUACACUCGCCAGCCCGGUCUGUUGGCCUACUACGAGUUCUGCAACCAGACGUGGCUCACCACGGAGAAAGGCACGUUCGCCUCGUACGUGGCUCGCGACGACCAGUGGGUGGGCUACCUGGACGUGAGCAACGUUCAGCGCCUGCUGCGCAUGGCGCUCUACAAGCACCGAGCAGCCUGUCUUGGCAUCUGGGAUGUGUCGCUGGACGACUUUCGCGGAGUCUGUGGCGAUGCGUUUCCCUACGUCAAGGCCAUCUCGGGGUGGCACGACCGAGAGUGGAAGCGUCGUCGUCGAGAAUUUGGCUCCCGCCCUAACUAAUGAUGCCCAGGUACACGCGUCUCACGUUUAUUGCCGAGCAAGGGUACAAGAAAGAUAAAGUGGUCGAAAAUUGCAGCUUGAGAGAAACAUUAAGCUCGCUGGCACCUGAUAAAUACACGGUAAUGGGGAAAUCGUUGUCUCAGAAAGGCACUACACCGAAUCUGAUAGUGUUUGUCGCAAUAAAAAAAGUCACAC